CUUCAUGUUUUGCAGUUAAAGAGCAGGAAAAAUGCCUGUGGUCCAUCUGGUCCCCUGUCCCUCAUGAAGCAGAGUGGCUGCAGCCCACGGACAGCCAAUGGGUUUAGAGUUUCUAAUUCAGCCAGGAGCCUUAAAAAAACCAUCAGAGAACAGCACAGCGGGGACAUCUUCAAAUUCUGGGGCCAAAGAGCCUCCACUUUGGAGAUUUUCAGGUUGUUCUGUCUUUGGUCAGAUGUUAUGAUCUGGGGGCUAUAGAUAAUCUUGUCUUUUGGGUUAUUUGGAGUUUUAAAAUAACAUUUUCUGUUUGUGUGCUGUUCAUCUCUCAACCCCAAAGCCCCCCCAGCUGCAGACCAUUGCAAACCAGGAAAGGACAGGGACUUUGCUGCCCUUCCUGAUGGCCCCGGCAGUGCCUUUGCAGAGCUGCCUUGGGACCUGGGGACUCUGGGGACACCGUGACCCUCUGGAUGGCUCCUUCCCGCACCCCACUUGCACGGCAGCAAACAGGAAAUGUGUGAGCACCGGCAGUUGGUGUCACCCCAGAACGGAAGGUGCCUUGAGUAAGAGAGAUGAGAGCGGGGGCAGCUCGGGCGGCCGCGGCGCGGGACCAGCUCUGUCCCCCUGAGCUGGGCAGCCCCUCGGCCCCGUGCGCCCCACACUGAGCGUCCCUCGUGGGGAGGGCUGGAGCAAAGGUGCCCAGUGAGGGCAGGGCUGGCCGAGUGUCCCCUCCAGGCCAGGCCAGGCCAUGUCCGAGCGCCGGGCGGGCGCCAAGGGCCGGCGCCUGGGCUCCAGCCGCCGCAAGCAGCUGCAGGAGGGCCCCGGGCAGGCCCCGGCACCAGCACCCAGCCACGGUGAGGAGCCACCAUGGGCAUCUGAAGUAGUGCAGAGGGUGCAGCACCUGCUCAGCCACAGGGACACGGAGCAGGCGGCAGUCGUCACCCGCUCGGACAUGCAGAAGCUGCAGGAGGAAGGUUUGCCGUGCAGCAGGGAGGAGCUGGAGCUUGUGUUCGAUGGGCUGGAUGCCGCUGGCAUCGGGCGCUUGGGCACAGAGGAGUUCACGGCCGGGCUCCGGCAGUUCCUGAGCUCCCAAAACGCUGCCAGGGAGCACCGGCGGAGGAAGACGGCGUCGCGGAGGGUGCGGCUGGUGCUGCCCGGGGCAGCGAUGGAACGGGGGGACAGCGAGGAGCGCAGGCACUUCGCUGCCUUCAUGGAGCAGCUGGGCACAGGCAACCCCUCUGAAGAACAGGAGAUCUGGCAGCUCUGGGUGAAGCUCCGGCAGGACGAGCCCCAGCUGCUGGACAACCUGGAGGGCUUCCUGGCCAAGAUGAGGCACCGCAUCCAAGAAGCCAGGAGCGAGAAGGAGGCUUUGGAGCUGACUCUGAACAAGCGUGUGGCAGAGCACGACAAGGACGUGCAGCAGCUCUGCGAGGUCCUGGAGCGGCAGAUCCAGCAGGAACAGCUGCGGCUGCAGCAGCAGAGCACGGCCCGGAGCCAGCAGCAGGGCGAGGAGCUGCAGCGAGUGCUGGAUGCCAGCGAGAGGGAGGUGCAGCGCUUGGUCACGGCGCAGAUGGAGCUGGAGCGGCGCUGCCACAGCCUGCACAGCUCCCAGCAAGUCACCAGCACGGAGAACCAGCAGCUGCAGGAGAGCAACCAGGCCCUGCAGCAGCACCUGCAGCACCUGCACCAGCAGCUGCAGCAGACCCAGGGCCACCUGAGGACAAUGAGGGCUACAGUGGCUUGGGAGCACAUGGGAGAGCCCGGGGACAGAGUGGUGGCAGAGUUACCCAUCGAGGUGCCAAUGUCCCCACAGCUGAGUCCUGGGAAGAGCGAGAAGUUCCGCUCCGAGAUGCGGAUCAGGCUGGGAUCCCAGAGCAGCGAGAGCAAAGCCAAGAGCACCCACCAAGUGGUUUGGGAAAUGCUGCCAGCAGAAACAAACCUUUCAGGAGCCCCACGGAAAGCAAGCUCUGCAGAAGAGGACCCCUUCCCAGAACCUUUGAAAGAGGAAGGUGUCUCUGACCAAAGCUCUUUGCUAAGAGAGAUGAAUGAUGCAAUAGCAGCUCUGAGCAAACAUCUGAAGGCACAGGCACUGGGUGCACCCCCUGCCCUGGCAGACACUGCCUGUCACCCCUGGGACAAUGCUGAGGCCCACACGGGGCCAGAGGCAGCAACAGCCCAUGAAACAACCCCUGGAAUCCUGCAGGAGACCCUCCCGGGCCACAUCCAUCAUGAGCUGCUGGAAGGAGACCUGCAGGAGGGGCCAGCCACAGCUGAGCUUCAUGCUCCAGAUGUGACACAGGCCGGUGCGUCCACAGGAGCUGGGCACUGCAUGGCUCAGGAGCCAGGGGCAGAGCAGGGAGAGAGCCCAGAGGAGGCACAGAGGAUGUUAUUCCAGCAAGGAAAGGGAGCUGGUGUGGAGGAGAUGGUGCUCAAUGUGGCUGAGCACCUGGGAAAGAGCAUGGAGGCAGGAGAGCAGGUGCUGCUGGAGGUGGAGGGAGCAGAGUGGCUGCAGGAAACAACAGCUUGGGCAAAACCACAGCUCCUGGGAGAAGCUGAGGAAGGGGAGAUAAACCAGAGAGAAAAUCUGGAGGCAAGUCUGGGGCCACCUGAGGCUGGGCAGGAAGGCGUAGCAGUGGGACAGUGCCUUGCCAUGGAUGAGCAGCAGCCAGGCAGGACAAUGGGUGAAUGUGUGCAGGCCCCGGGCACGGCGCUGCAGGAACGGGCUGACCCCGCAUCAGGGCUCCCUGGGAAACUGGAAACUGAGCUGGGAGAGCAGCUGGAGCCAGAGCCACCAUCCUGGCGUGAGGCACAAGUGGGAGCAGCCCAUGGGGGUGGCGUCCCUGAGGUGACAGUGGCCCCUGGCCCAGCAGUGCCGGAUGAGGAGCGUGCCAGGACUGAGGUGCAGCCCCAGGGAGAGACCACGGACUCCAAAGUGCUGGAGGUGCUGCCAGCCCGAGCUGAGCGUGCAGGGAGCGGCAGAGCCGGGGGCGAGGAAGAGGAGGUGGAGGAAGCAGAGCCUAGGGAGGCAGAGCAGCAGCUGCAGGAUGUGUGGCGGCUUUGUGCUCCGGGACAGGCAGCCCAAAGGGAGCUUCAGGAGCAGGUUUCAGCACAGGGACAUGAGGGGAGGCUUCACACGGUGGCCCAACAUCCAGAGGGGGAGACACCACCCGCGAGGGAACUGGAGAACACGGCUGCUGGACCUGCUGAGCAUCCGAAGCAAGAGGUGCCACCAGCAUCAAUGCUCCACAAAGCAGUGCCACCAGGAGAUGCUGGGAGUGAUCAGCUGGGGGGGGUCCUCAGAGAAAACUCCCUGGGGCAAAGGCAGCUCUUGGGAGAACAGAGCAAAGACCUCAGUGUUGGUCAACGAGAGAAGAUGCAAGAGUUUGGUCAAAAAAUGAGCCAGGAAGGUGAGCCCAGCUCAGGAGAGCCAGGGGCUGUGACUGCAGGAGCUGCCCCACAGGGUUGUCCCAAAGCUGCCCUGGACCCAGACCACCUCUACAACGUGCUGUUCGUUGGGGACUCCCACGUGGGCAAAACGUCGUUCCUGUACCGUUUGCACGCCGACACCUUCAACCCCCACCUCACGGCCACAGUGGGACUGGAUUACCAGAUCAAAAACCUCGUUGUGGAUAACAAGCGCUUUGCUCUCCGCCUGUGGGACUCAGCUGGUCAGGAAAGGUACCGCAGCAUGACCAGGCAGUUCUUCCGGAAGGCGGACGGGGUGGUGCUGAUGUACGACAUCACCUCCGAGUACUCCUUCUCCGACGUGCGCUACUGGCUCAGCUGCAUCCAGGAAGGAGCAGAAGAUGGAGUUGCUGUUCUGCUUCUUGGGAACAAAACCGACUGUGCUGCCCAGAGACAGGUCCCUACAAAGGAGGGUGAAUGCCUGGCCAAGGAGCACCAGCUCAUGUUUUUCGAGUGCAGCGCUGCCUCAGGCCACAACGUCUUCGAGUCCAUGGUCAGCUUCACCAGGUUGCUCAAAGUUCGUGAAGAUGAAUUGAAAAAUAAAGCAGCAGAGGUACCAAAGGUACCUGAGAAGAAAAAGAGCUGCUGCUGGUGAUGGACAGACACCCCCCACACUGAUCUGAAACUGCACCAACAGCCAGAAAAGCAUCAAAAUAGUCCUUGGACACCUUCUCUUUUCCUGUGUGUCUUCCUUGCCUGAUCUUCCUUGGAUGCUGAGAGCAAAAGCUGCUGUGGGGGACCCCCUGCCAUUCCCCCCGAGCACACCAGCCCUCCAAAAUACUUCUCAGGGGACUUUAACACGUUCUUUUGGAGACCAAAACCAGGCCAAGACAAGAGGCAGAAAGGGAAUCCAGCUGGGUCUGAGAUGCUGCAACGAUACUGGAAGCAGCAGGGAAUAAACUCAAGCCUUGGGAGAGAAGAAAUGAAAACCUGAAGCCAUCCAAGUGUAUAAACCAAGGGGGUUUAGUGCUGUUGGUGCUCUGGGCUGUGGGGACUUCUCCUCUGGCUUUGCAAUCUGAUUGCAUUUGAUCAGGAACAAUGAGAUAUUCAAUACAUUCUAAAUGCAUUUAAAUCUCUCCAAUGACACAAGGUAAAGCUAAUUUUUCCCUUCUGUGGUUUAUCCUGCCAGUGAGCAGUGAUGAGGCUUGACAGAAACUACUGAAUAUUUUGCUCAAAAUAAAUUCAAAAGCCCCAUAGGACAUCCAGGAUAAGAAGAUAAAUGCUUGCAAGAGAUUUUUUCAUUGUGUUGUCCCCGAAGCAGAAUUCUGGAUUAUUGCAACAAAUUUCAGGCUGGGCAGAGAAGAAUGAGCUGCUGCAUCCUGCCCUUCUGCUCUUUGUGAAGUACUGAAUUGGUUUUAAAUCCAGCUUGAAAAACCCAAACAAGCACGUCACAAUUUCAAGGUGGUUUUCUUUUUAAUCUUUUCCCAGCUUGACUGAACUAUAUUUUUGCAGAAAAAAAGGCAGUCUAAAUAAAUAAGAAUACAAGUGCUGUAUUUUAGUAUUUUUUAUGUUCCAUGUAAAUUCCCAGCAGUUCAACAGGUGUGUUUAAAGACUGCUUAUGUGCAGUUUGCAGAAAUAAUUCUGCCUAGUUGGGUUUGCUUUUUGUUGCCAUUAUUAUUUAAAUGUGCAUAAUGGCAAAGCAUAAUAGUAGUCAGUUUGUGCCUUAGAAAAAUAAAGUGAAAUCAGGAGUUGGGCUUCUAGCAACACUAUAUAUUUAAUAUAUAAUUAUAUAUAUAUUAUGUACAUCAGCUUCACCAGCCAGAGUCCAACUUUGCAGUGAUUCUGAGUCUGGUAGGGAUGAUUAAUUUCUCCUGCACACCACAAUUUAUCACUCCAGUACCUCUGUACCCUAAGUCUCCAUCCCCUGUGUCUCUCCCCAGCCUACCUCAAGUCAUUUUCCUUUGGCCCCAUCAU